GCGAUGGAGACGCUUCCAAUUUCCGCAGAGAGCUUCAAAGUAGGGUUCAUCGGAGCUGGAAAGAUGGCGGAGAGUAUAGCCAGAGGCGUCGUUGCCUCCGGGAUGCUUCCUCCGAAUCGUAACUCCACUGCAGUUCACUCGAAUCUGAAUCGCCGUCAAGUCUUCGAGUCCUUUGGCGUCAAUGUCUUCUCCAGUAGCGAAGAAGUUGUUAAAGAAAGCGAUGUUGUGAUCUUCUAUGUGAAACCUCAAGAAUGGUCUGGUCAAGAUCGGUUCGUAAGGGUGAUGCCUAAUACACCAGCUGCAGUUGGUGAGACGGUAGUUUCUCCGAGUCCCUGUUUUAAUGAGCCUUGGACAACGGAAGAAGAUGGAGCACUUGUUGCUAAGUUGUUUGGCUCUGUGGGGAAGAUGUUCAAAGCUGAUGAGAAAAUGUUUGAUGCUGUCACUUGUCUCAGUGGAAGUGGACCAGCGUACAUAUUCUUAGCUAUUGAAGCUUUAGCUGAUGGAGGAGUAGCUGCUGGUUUACCCCGAGAACUCGCACUCGGUUUAGCUUCACAGACGGUUCUUGGAGGUGCAACAAUGGUGAGCAAAACGGGGAAGUAUCCGGGUGUGUUGAAAGAUGAUGUUACUUCACCAGGCAGGACUACAAGAGCCGGAGUUCAUGAACUGGAGAAAGGGUCUUGGAGCUGCAACAAUGGUGAGCAAAACGGAUAA